UAAAUGAUUUUGACGUUUCUUAUUGUGUAAAUUAACGUGCUCUUUCUGUUUUAUUUCACACUUUAAUAAAUUGAUAUUUUUUAUUCGUAAAUUAUGGCUGAUGUUGACGAUUUAUUUGAUUGUUUUAAUGAAGACAACGAGGAGAGCGUAUCCGCCAAUCCAGUUGUAGAGUUAGAAAAAAUCAAAUCAGAAAAUUCUUUAGAAGAAAGGAAAGCUGAAAACGGAGAAAAGCGUGGAAAUGAAGCUAUUAAGGAAGAUACAGAAAAUGAUGAGGCUCCACAAAAACGUAUGAAGGAAACAGAAUCAAUAUUAGACGAUAUUUGUGUGGAUGCGCUACGUUCUCGAAUAGCAGUGCACGUCAUUGAGAGUCCAGAAUCGUGUACACAUGAGGUAGCUGUAUAUCCCGGACAAGAAUAUAUUCCAUUGCAAGCACUUACAGGACCACCGGCAAAAGAAUACCCUUUUGUAUUAGAUCCCUUUCAAAAAGAAGCAAUACUUUGCAUUGAUAACCAACAAAGUGUGUUAGUGUCAGCGCACACAUCCGCAGGCAAGACUGUAGUAGCCGAAUAUGCUAUUGCUAAAUCUCUUGGGUGUAAGCAGCGUGUAAUUUAUACAACGCCUAUUAAAGCGCUUUCCAACCAAAAAUAUCGAGAAUUUAAUGAGGAAUUUAAGGAUGUUGGAUUGGUAACUGGAGAUGUGACAAUAAACCCAUCAGCUUCUUGUCUUAUUAUGACUACAGAAAUUUUGCGAAAUAUGUUAUACAGAGGAAGUGAAAUUAUGCGUGAAGUAGGUUGGGUCGUUUUCGAUGAAAUUCAUUAUAUGCGUGACAAAGAAAGAGGUGUCGUAUGGGAGGAAACGUUGAUUUUAUUGCCUGACAAUGUACGCUACGUAUUCCUUUCUGCUACUAUACCAAAUGCUCGUCAAUUUGCCGAAUGGGUUUGUCAUCUUCACAAGCAACCAUGUCAUGUAGUUUAUACGGAUUAUCGACCGACUCCCCUGCAACAUUACAUAUUUCCAGCUGGAGGUGAUGGCAUACAUCUUAUAGUUGACGAGAAAGGUCAGUUUAAGGAAGAUAAUUUUACAACAGCAAUGGCGGUUUUGCAAAAUGCAGGUGAUGCAGCUAAAGGUGAUCAGAGAGGACGUAAAUCUGGUAUUCGAGGUGUUGACAGUGGGCAGUCAAAUAUUUUUAAAAUAGUUAAAAUGAUAAUGGAGCGCAAUUUCGCACCUGUAAUAAUAUUUUCCUUUAGUAAAAAAGAUUGUGAGGUAUAUGCUAUGCAGAUGGCAAAGUUGGAUUUUAAUACGGCAGAAGAGAAAAAACUUGUAGAUGAGGUGUUCAAUAAUGCGAUGGAUGUACUAUCUGAAGAAGAUCGUCAAUUGCCACAAGUUGAAAAUGUUUUGCCCCUACUAAAACGUGGCAUUGGUAUACAUCAUGGAGGACUUUUACCGAUCUUAAAAGAAAUUAUUGAGAUUUUGUUUGGUGAGGGCUUGCUUAAGGCUCUUUUUGCUACGGAAACUUUUGCUAUGGGUUUGAACAUGCCUGCCCGUACAGUACUUUUUACAGCACCUCGAAAAUUCGAUGGUAAAAAUUUUAGAUGGAUUUCUUCCGGUGAAUACAUCCAAAUGGCAGGACGUGCUGGCCGACGUGGUCUCGAUGAUAAAGGUAUCGUUAUUUUAAUGAUUGACGAAAAAGUGUCACCAUCCAUCGGUCGAGGAAUUGUACAAGGAAAGGCUGACCCUAUAAACUCUGCAUUUCACUUAACCUAUAAUAUGGUGCUGAAUUUGCUACGAGUAGAAGAAAUCAAUCCCGAAUAUAUGUUAGAACGUUCAUUCUUUCAGUUCCAAAAUCAGUCGUCCAUACCUGAACUUUACAAACAAGUUCAAGACAAACAAAAUGAGUUUGCAAAAAUAAAAAUCAGCGAAGAACACAGCGUUGCAUCCUAUCACCAUAUAAGGGAACAACUCGAUUCUUAUGGCAAACAGUUCAAAUGUUGGAUUACAAAGCCAGAAUAUCUGGUGCCUUUCUUACAACCAGGUCGUUUAAUUAAGGUGCAAAAUGAAAAAGACGAAUUUGAUUGGGGCAUUGUAGUGAAUUUUAAAAAGCAAACAAAUAAUGCCAAAAAUCCAUUGAAAGCUGAGACAGUUGUGGUAGUCGAUGUUUUGUUGCAUGUUACUGAGGCUUCAGCAAAGGCCGAUGAGCCAAAACCGUGCAAGCCGGGUCAAAAAGGCAAUAUGGAAGUUGUUCCUGUGCUACACACACUUAUAUCUCAGAUUUCGUCUCUCCGUGUUUAUUAUCCAAAUGACUUGCGCCCGGCAGAUAAUCGCCGAAGUGUUCUGAAAACUAUUGCUGAGGUGAAGAAGCGUUUUCCAAAAGGUCCACCACUCCUCAAUCCUAUUACCGAAAUGAAUAUAAAAAGUGAUGAAUUCAAACAGGUUGUGGACUCCAUAGACAAGUUUGAGGAACGUCUGUACGCACAUCCUCUACAUAAUUCUACUGAAUUGGAGAAUAUUUAUGAACGUUAUACACAGAAGUUAAAAGUGCAGGAAGAACUGAAGACGGUUAAAACCAAAUUGAAAGAGGCACGUAGUUUAUUGCAGAUGGACGAGCUGAAGCAUCGGAAACGUGUAUUACGCCGAAUGGAGUAUUGUACAGCUGCUGAUGUGAUAGAGUUUAAAGGACGAGUUGCUUGCGAAUUAAGCUCAGCAGAUGAACUUCUUUUAACUGAAAUGAUAUUCAACGGAAUAUUUAAUGACAUUACUACAGCACAGUCAGUAGCAUUGUUAUCAUGUUUCGUUUGCGACGAAAAGUCUUCAGAAACUCCCAAGGCGACUGAAGAGCUUUCAGGUCCACUUCGGUCAAUGCAAGACUUGGCACGUCGCAUUGCGAAAAUCUCGACGGAGUGUAAAUUAAAUAUGGAUGAAGAAUCGUACGUGGAAAAAUUCAAACCUUUUCUUAUGGACGUAGUUUUGGCGUGGUGUAAGGGUGCUUCGUUUUUGAGUGUAUGUAGAAUGACAGACAUUUUUGAAGGUUCAAUAAUUCGAUGUAUGCGGCGUCUGGAAGAAUUAUUAAGGCAAUUGUGCCAAGCAGCGAAAACAAUCGGUAACACAGAUUUAGAAAACAAGUUCUCUGAAGGUGUGCGGCUACUAAAAAGAGAUAUUGUGUUUGCAGCUUCGUUGUAUUUAUAAAUAUCAAUUCUUAUGCGUAGUAAUUUAGAUUUAUUAAUUAUUUUCAUAUGAUGUCUUACAGCAAAAGAGCAGAUAUGCAACGUAUUCUUAUUAUAUAUGGUUAUUCUUCUAUAUAUGUAUGUACAUAUAUAUAUACAAAAAUAAAAGCGUGACAUGUA